AUGUCAGCAAUAAUGCAACAGAACACACCACAGCCUUCGCCUGGAAAACAUUUCGUUUGCCAGCUUCAAAGUUGCAAUAAUCGAUGUGAUGGCAAUCAUGUUGUUUCUCAUUGUGGUGGCAGAGUUUGUGAUCGCCUUCCCUAUGGUUAUGGUCGUCAUUAUAAAUGUGACAAAUGUGGCAAUGUUCGCCGCCGUGGUAAUCAUCAUGUUUAUUGUUGCGAAACCUGCAACCAUUCAUAUUGUCAUGCCUGCUGUUUAAAAAAAACUAAAUGA